UGACAGUGGUGGUGACACCGAUAUUCCAAUUUCGCGUAAAAGUAAAAACUCCGAAUAGUAACAUAAUUACUGUAUAAAACUUAAAUAAACUUUAGACUACAACCACCUUUUAUUUGAAUGAAAUAAAACUACAAAAAAUAUGGUUCGCCGAUUACGUGAACAAAGCACAACCGAGGAUGAAAUUGUCAUAGAUACUUCGCAAGAAAAGAAACAAAAGCGGCACAAACACAAAAAACACAAAAAGAGAAAACCCGAAAAUGACUAUGAAAGCGACACAUCUAUAGAUGUUUCAUUUGAAGAUGUCUUAGAUAAAUCAUACAGAGUUAAGUCAAAAAAAGAAUUACCUGGUACUUCUGCUGCUGAUUAUUUAAAGUCUCAAACCAUGAAAUCAUCCUCUGAUUCAAGAAAGUCUAUCCCCGGCUCAUCAUCUAGUACUCCUCCAAAAGCAACUGCAAAGAAAAAGAAGAAAGGUAAAGAUAGUGGCACAUCUAGUGAGGAAGAGAGAUGGUUGGAUGCUAUAAAAUCAGGAAAACUUGAAGAAGUAGAUGAAGAGUUGAAAAAGAUAAAACCCAAGGAUCCUAAAAUGAUGACAGCAAGACAAAGAGCAAUGUAUGAGAGAGGAAAUGAUAAAGAAACAAGCCCUGGAGGUGAAAUACUGCUAGCUUUGCCUUCUGGCUACAAGGAAAAGGUCAUGACUGCGGAAGCUAUACAAAAGGCUGCUUUGAAGUCUCAAAAAAGAAAGCAAUUAGCUGAUGAAAAAAGGGAAAAAGAUAAGAAAAAAACAAUGGAUAGACUUUUGAAAAAACAAGAAUCAAAAAACUUGAAAAAUGCACAAAAAGGAAAGUCAAACAGAAAACUCGAACCUAUGAUAGUGUAUAAAAAUAAUAAUCAAGAAAUCACUUUAACAAUGCCUCCAGACAUUCCUUAUCCCUUAGAAAGAAAGUUACCGAUGGAAACACCAAAGCCAAUGAAAUGUGGUGUUGAUGGUUGUGCUAAUAUCAAAAAAUAUCAAUGUUCUAAAACAGGUGUACCACUUUGUAGUUUAGAAUGUUAUAAGAAA